CUUUCCUUUUUUUAUUCACGGAACUAAGGGGGAAGAAAAUAUAAAUAGCGUAUCUUUUUUUUUAUUGCAAAAAGCUGACAUGGAAAAUAGCAUUCUAAAGAUUAAACGGAUGAGAGAUUUCUGAUUGAAAGAGAUAAGACUGGGACUAUUUUUCUUGAUCUACUUUUUUUUUUCUUUUUGACGAAUCUGCUCAUUCUCUCUGCUACUAGCUAUUUCGACGCUGUGAACUAAAGCCGUUCUUACACUUCUGGGCAGAUAAGAGAUAAGGGCUGUCUAGCGUGUGACGUUAGUUUGCUGGAAAGAUUAACUCCUUUGUAACUGGUUAAAGAAAUAAGCUGCUCUCUGUUUGGGACAUUGAAAAUUGAAGGAGUUUUGUUCCUUUGGUUUUAAGAAUGACAAUUAAGAAGAUCAUGGAUGUACAAGAAGGGACUUUAUCUCUAGACAUGUUUCAGAAAAUAAUGAAUGGGAUUAACUCAAUAAAACAAGAACUGAGAAAUAAUAGACAAGCGUGGAGAAUUGAAUUUCACGAAAUGAGACAGGAGCUGAAAGAAACUCAGGAUUCUAUGAGAAAGGAGAAUAAAGAUAGAUCUGGAAAACAAAAAAAGGAUGGAAGAGAAAUUAAAGGCAAGGUUCAAACUAUGGAGAUUGGCUUAAUUAUGGACAUGAAAAAAGAUUUGGAUUUUCUGGCUGUGAUGGAUCCUGGAGACAAAUAUUAUAGUUUGGAAUUCAGCGCUGUCCUUGAAGGAAUUGAAGAGAUUGGAGAUAAAGAUAUUAUCAGUUCAAGAAAAUUCUUGGACUGGAAGGAUUUGAUGGAACUUGAAAUGGAGAAAGUUAACAGAAUUAAUCCCUGUUUUGUGUCAAUGGAAAAACCUUCAAGAGAUGUACUAGUGUAUCAUGUGGAAAAGAGGAACAGAGAUGCGGCUUUGCAACAACACUUCAGUGAUACGUUUGGAUUUGAUGGUGGCACUUUGAGGUGUGAAACGUGCACUGGAGAAACUGCCUGCACAGGCGAGGAGAGAAAUUGUUCUGAAGGCCAAAAUGCCUGUGGGAGCACUUUGACAGAAGGCCCAAAAGGGGACACCACCUUUUCAUCUUUAGUGAAGGGCUGUCUGUCCUCUGACCUCUGCAAAAUCCCAGUCGAGGUACGUCUUGGUGAAGACAAAUACCUCAGGCAAACUACCAUCUGCUGCUGGAGGGAUGCCUGUGCAUCAGAACCUCCUGACUUGCCAAGAACAUCCCAAAAAAUCAAUGGGAAGUUUUGCCCAGCCUGCGCUUCUUCGACAGACGUGUGCCCCGAGGAGUAUGUGUAUUGUACUGGAGACCAUGCUUACUGCUUAGGUUUUGUCACGGUUACAGAAACAAAUGUUGUAAAUAGCACCAUGAAGGGCUGCAUUUCUGAAUCUAGCUGUUUUUCACUAAAAACAAUCAAAGGACAUAUUCAUGGUUUUGCUAAUAUGAGAAAUGUGAGCUGUACUGAAGCCAAGGUCGCUCAAGCUACAAGGGCCUUUCCCUCACCAGGAUUCCUCCUCCUGACUGUCCAGCUGAUGAAACUCCUCUUAUGAUGUACUCUUCACCUUUGGUUGUUUUGAGCUGUGGCCUUUCAGAGAGGAUUUGCCUUCUUUGUUUUACUGAAUGAAAAGGAAUAAACGUUGAAAAAGAAA